AUGUCGAUCGUGAUUUAUUGCAAAAAGAAAAUCGAAGACCCACGGCUGCACUGUCUCUGGCUUCUACUGACGUACAAAUCCAUGGGUCUGUACGGGGCAACGAGACUCGAAUUUACGCCGAGCAUCAUGGGUACCAGGGGCUUCAAAGCCAUGCAUUUCUUAUAUAUUGCCUUCCAUCUUGGCUCACGCGAUACGCGACAGCCAACUCGAAAAGUCAACAUGGAAAUCAAAGUCUCGACCCUCCUCGCCUACUUUCUCCUUACCGCCACCACUAUCAAUGCCGCCGCUGUUCCCCUAGGCGCACGUCAGCUUUCUGAGUGCUACGGCAAGGACUGUAUUGGCAACAAGCGAGCCGUCGAGAUUGAGGAACGCCAACUGUCUGAGUGCUACGGCAAGGACUGUAUUGGCAACAAGCGGGCCGUCGAGGUUGACGCACGUCAGCUGUCUGAGUGCUACGGCAAGGACUGCAUUGGCAACUAA